AGUUGAUUUUUUGUAUGUCAUACUGGAUGUUUUUGGUUCCUUGUAAAUUUAAUAAAUUUUUGCAGUUUUCUUGCAGGGUACUGAGAUGACUGUCUCGGUAACAGGAGCUACAGGUUUUAUAGGUAGAAGACUGGUACAAAGGCUGCAUGCAGAUAAUCAUAGAGUUCGUGUUUUGACGCGAUCUAGAUCUAAAGCUCAAGUAAUUUUUCCGGUCAGGGACUUUCCAGGAAUUGUGAUUGCAGAGGAGCCAGAGUGGAAAGAUUGUAUUCAAGGUUCAAAUGCUGUUGUAAAUUUGGCUGGAAUGCCCAUAAGUACAAGAUGGUCUCCUGAGAUCAAGAAAGAGAUCAAGGAUAGCAGGAUAAGAGUAACCUCAAAGGUUGUAGAUUUGAUAAAUGGCUCACAAGAUGACGUUCGACCUACAGUUUUGGUUAGUGCAACGGCAUUGGGUUAUUAUGGCUCUAGUGAAACAAGAGUAUUUGAUGAGCAAAGUCCAUCAGGAAAUGAUUACUUGGCUGAGGUUUGUAGAGAAUGGGAAGCGUCAGCCCUCAGGGUCAACAAGAAUGUUAGGUUAGCACUUAUUCGCAUUGGUGUGGUCCUUGGUAAAGAUGGUGGUGCUCUAGCCAAAAUGAUCCCUCUGUUCAUGAUGUUUGCUGGUGGACCUUUGGGUUCUGGGAGACAAUGGUAUUACACUUAAUUUCUGUUGUCCCUAGGAUUUGUUACACAAUCUUGUAUGCUACACAAGUUACUUGGAAUUCAUUCUCAAAAAGCAGCACAUUUAUUUCCAAAAUGGUGACCAAAAACUUUACAAUGUCAUUUUUUCCUUUGUUUCUUUUGAUUCUCAACAAUCUGGUGAAGAUAUUUAGG